UGGCGAGGCAGCUUGAGCUCUCUCUCACACAGCACUUCGGGGAUGGCGCACUAUCUGGCGAUGUUUUACGGCGUCUGAUGUGUGAGCUAUGGGGAUUUGGACCGGGAUUUGAAGCUUGGAGGCAGUGUGAGCGGUUUUUUUGGAGGCGGAGUGUAUUUUUUGGCGUCGGAAUCGGUGGAUUGUGGACGGAGGACGGGAAAUGAGAGGCGAUGGGAGACAUGCGGUGUGGGAAGGAGCGUGGGGGAGGUAAAGCAGGUGAGGAGCAGCGGUGCGAGAGGGGCAAGGAAAGGCGAGAGAGCAGUAGAGGAGGUUUAGUUUGAGAAAGAGUGUACUCUCGUGGUUUUGAGGAUGGUUGGAGGUAUUGACCAGGUGAUUGAAGGGGAGGGGCUCUAUGGUGUAAUGAGGAGUAGCUAGGGUUUGGUCAUGGUGUAGGGCAGGCAGUAGCGCUUGGGAUUGAGAGCGAGGGCGUGGCGUUCUCGUGGAUGUUGCUUGGAUGGAGUCGGGUGGACGUCGAUCCGAAGCGCGCUCCCGGCUACACAGAGUGUUGCAGGUGGGGGGAGUUACAAAAUGGUCGAUUGCUGGAAUUCUGGAGGCGACAUCAAGACACAGCUCAACCGUGUAUCUUCACCCACUGGGCUAGUUGGAGAGGGAAGUGGGAUAAGUCUCACUGAGCUCGAGAGAUCAUCGUCUUCAGCGAAUGAGAUGGUCAGCCCUUCGGAUGUUGUACUUGUUGGGCGAUCUUUGUCGAGACGGCCAAAGAGGAGCCUGAAAGCGUCUAUAUGGUUGAAGUUGACUCUGUUCAUUGGCACACUGGUGGUGGUGACAGGGGGUGUAUUGUCUCUGGUAAUGUGGUUUAAUUCCCGAGCCCAGCUUGUGCACGAAAUAGAAAGACGGCUUACCACAGUAGCUGUUCUUAGGACAGAACAGCUGCAAGAUUACCUCAAUGGUGAGAUUGACAAAAUGCAGCUGAUUGCUACAAGGGUGCAGAUAAUCAACUAUUUAGCAAGUCGAGCGAAUGUAAAUGAAUCCACUGCAAUAAGGGAUUUAAGUUCAGCUGUUGCAGUAGUAUCGGAGUUCAUGAGUGCAGCUAUCUACAACAGCACAGGAUCUUUGAUGCUGUCAACCAAUAUUGCGGAGUAUGAUCCAAUGUUAAGCGCAUCGACACUCAAAUUGGUGCAGACGGAUGUACAUUUCGAUAUGCCAGUAUCUACACCAGAUGGUUGGAAAUACUUGGUGGCAAGAAAUAUCACCAUGAAGAAUUCAAGUAUAGUUGGAGUAUUGGUUGCAUGGGUCAAUGCCUCUAGACUAGAGAAAUUGGUGACCGAUAGAACGGGUCUCCAAAAUACUGGAGAGCUUGUAGUUGGAGUUCCAGAAGGCGACGGAGUGCAUCUGGUACUUCCACCAUCACUUGCUAGUUCUGUAAAGAACAUUCCUCUCAAUGGUGCUAUAAAACUUGCCUGUGUAUUCGGGCUGAAUGGAACAUUGAUUGAAAAGGACUAUCGAAGACAAAAGGUCAUUGUGGCUUACACACCUGUUGGGUAUCAAAACUGGGGAUUGCUUGCAAAAAUGAGCGAGGAGGAAGCAUUCAAACCAGUACAGAAAGUUCGCAUUGUGAUUAUCGUAGCUAUGAUAAUUAUUUUGCUCGUGGGAGUUCUGGCAUCUCUUGGGCUUGCUAAGCUUUUUACAGCCCCAAUUAUUGAAUUGGGAAAGGUGGCUACAGCUAUUAAAGGUGGAGAUAUGGGGGCGCGAGUGAAGAUUGGGUCUGUAAUUUUUCGGGAUGAAAUUGAUGAUUUGAGACGAAUUUUUAAUAACAUGGCUGAAGAAAUCGCAACUAGUCAUGCUGAAUUGAAACAAAAGUCUAUGCAAGUCAGCGAGAGGAUUCGGGAAUUGGCUCGAGUUAAUGAUGCUUUGAAAGCUGAAAUAGAAGAGAGAAAGAGAGUGGAAGAGGAAGUUAAAAAAGCCAAAGAUGCUGCUCUGCAGGCUGACAAGAUGAAGUCGCAAUUUUUGGCUAACAUGUCACAUGAGAUCAGGACUCCAUUGAAUGGAAUCAUCAACUGCACAGAACUUUGUCUGGAUACUCGAACUUCUCCUGAGCAACAAGAGUAUCUUGAUCUGGUUCGUUUUUCAGCGAAACACUUGUUAAGAAUCAUUACAGAUAUCUUAGAUUUUAGUAAAAUUGAGGCUGGAAAGCUGGAAAUGGAAGACAUUCAGUUCUCAUUGUAUGAUCAGCUGGAGCAUGCAGUCUCCGUCUUGGCUGUCCGUGCCAACAAAAAAGGUCUCGAGUUAGCCUGUCAGGUGGAUCACACUGUUCCUGAUCAGAUUAUUGGUGAUCCAGGGCGACUUUUCCAAGUUUUUGUCAACCUUAUAGGAAAUAGUAUCAAAUUCACUGCAGAAGGAGAGGUUAUUGUUUCGGCUAAGGUCAAGAGUCGGAAUGAAGAUAAUAUUGAGCUUUUGUUUUCUGUUAGAGACACUGGAAUUGGGAUACCAAAGCAAAAGCAGUCCUUGUUGUUUCAGGCUUUCUCCCAAGUGGAUUCAUCAACCACGAGGUUAUAUGGAGGAACAGGUUUGGGCCUUGUGAUAUCUUCGAAGCUAGCCGCAGCUAUGGGGGGAACAAUGUGGGUUGAGAGCGAAGGAAAAGGAAGUACAUUUUCCUUCACUGCGAAUUUCCAUAUACCGCCUGCCUGUGAUCUCCCAUCUUCCUUAAAUGUGGAGAGCUUGAAGAACAUGCAUGUCCUUGUUGUGGAUGAUAACAAUGUCAACCGGAACAUUUUGGUAGAUAUGCUUAAGGUUUGGGGCAUGAUAUCCGAGGGCGUUGAUGGAAUUGAACCGGCGAAAGUUGCUUUGCAAAAAGCUGCAGAUGCGGACCAGCAGUUUCGAGUAUUGUUGCUAGAUAUGUGGCUUCAUGGGAAGGAUGCAUCUGAACUUGUUAACUUUCUUCAUGAAAGACCUAAUUUGCUCGGAACAUCUCCCCGCAUUACCCCUUUGCACAAAGGAGAUAGCAAUUUGAUGGUUCGAGCUGUCGGCGAUUUAGAAGAGUCGGAAUCUGAAAGUGAAGGGGAUGAGGUCGACCCAGAAGUUCCUGAUUCUGUAAGGAUGUCCCUCGAAGAUGCUAGUUUAAACAAGAAUCAAAAGGAUAAAAACGAUAACAGUUUAUCUAGGGAUUCAGAUGGGUCUGGAAACAGUGACAAGUCGAUAUCACGGAUUUUGAAGGGGUCAUCCCUCCGGAGUCAGGAAUCACAAAUCAGGCUCGGAAGAGCAAGUCUGAAUCGCCCUAUUUCGAGGCCUGGUUCAGCUAAUGGGCAUGUUCCUUCCAUUAUAAUGCUCACCUCAGUUGAUCAUUCAGAUGCAACAAAAUGUCGGCAACUUGGAGUACAAGUGCACAUCUCAAAGCCGGUGAAGCGAGUUGUCUUAGUUCGUGCUUUACAUCUUGCUCUAGGAAUAUCUGAUAGCAAACCCAUGGCACAGGGACAACCGAAUGGGAGUCUAUGUGUUACAGACUUGGCACAAGAGAAUGGGGAGGAGGGUAAAUCAGUGACUGAAAUUGCUGAACCUAGCCGAGGUCUACACAUUCUUGUUGCUGAGGAUAACAUUGUGAAUCAACGCGUUGCUGUUACUCUCCUACAAAAGUGGGGCCACACUACUGUUUUAGCUUGCAAUGGCCAGGAGGCUGUUGAGAAGUCAGCAGAGGAGGAUUUUGAUUUGAUACUUAUGGAUGUACAAAUGCCAGUUUUGGAUGGGUUUCAGGCAACGACAAAAAUAAGGGAGAUGGAGUCAAAUAGGGAUCCAAGUCGUGGCAAGAGAGCUCGAUUUAUGCCCGUUGUAGCUAUGACUGCUCAUGCAAUGUCCGGAGACGCUGAGCGCAUUAUCUCUGCAGGUAUGGAUGGAUAUAUCAGUAAACCUUUGAACGCGAAGAAACUUCAGGAGCUUCUUCAAGCAGUUGCAUCAGGACAGCUUUUGAAGUCACAUUCUUUAAUGCCCAUAAUCGACAAAGUUACAUGACACUGAAGCCUAGAAUUAUCACUCUAUCGAGCCACUGUCCGUCAUGAAUACCAGGAUACACAUCAGGUUUCGCAGGAUCGCACUUGGAUGUGAUGAAUUGAGUAUCUCUGAACCGCUCACUGAAAAUAUCGAUUAUAGAAGCAGGGUUUUGUAUGUUAUUCACUUUCAACAGCUUGGAAGCAGAUGCAAGUUGUAGAUGCAGCUUAAAUUUUGCAAUUUAUUUUCACGAGGCAUUGGAAGGAUCCAAUGAUAACUUUCGGUAUGGGGAUGUGAUUCCUCAUGAGCUCAAGGUGGCUGCCAGUUACUAUCCAGGGGAUGGGAGUGCUUCACGUCAGCGUCCACACUAUCAGAAAAAUUCGCCAGCUCAAUGAUGUAUAGAAUUGAUCCAACUGGAAACUCUGAUGAAACCAUACACAAUCUAUUUUUGGCGGAUGGAGUACAAGCGAGGCGUCCAAUUGAUGCCCAAUUGGAAUUCACUGAAUAGAUGAAUAGAGCGAAGAACUCAGCAGGCGCUUGGUUCGUGACUGUCAAUGUCAUUGCAAAGGGGUAAUGAGGUUGAAUUGAGUCGGUCAGUUGGCUUUCCACACUGAAUGUACAUGAAUUAAGUAUUUCGGUCCCAAAGAGGUUCCACCUGCCAUGGUCAGAAUUCAUACCAAAGCCUUAAGUCUGGCAUGCUUUUCUUUUGUUCAUUCCGGGACUAUGUUAAUAGUGCAUCAGCAUUCAUUACUUAAUCCUCACCACGGAUUUAGCGUAGGUCUUGUUUGUUUCAGAAUCAAUUGGUCCUUAGAAAAGGAUACACAAUUAAAAAUAGGCAGAGGUAUCUUGGCAAUUCAGGGGCCGUAUUGCAUGCUAGACAUGUUAAGGCCCUUGUGAUGUGGACUACUUUACUUUUUUCUGGAAUUGAUUAUUUUCCAUUGUGUUAAUCCAAA